AUGCGCAUUGAUUAUCUUUCUUCUCCUCUAUCACAUCUCCUUCGAUCUAGGACUUCAAGACAUUUCAUCCGCUCAGCUACUCGCACCGCUACUUGGAAUCGCAUUCCAAGAGACACGUCGACCAUGACGACCGUCAACAAAACCGCUCACCCAUUCGACAAGACGCGAUUUGACGCUCUUCUCAAUCGUCGCUUUUUCUACGCCCCCGCAUUCGAAAUCUAUGGCGGUGUGGCUGGACUCUACGAUUACGGCCCACCCGGUUCGUCGUUGCAAGCCAACAUCAUCGCCGAAUGGCGUCGCCAUUUCAUCGUCGAAGAGGCAAUGCUCGAACUCGACACCACGAUCAUGACGCCUUCACCCGUGUUCGAGGCUUCCGGUCAUGUAGCGCGAUUUGCCGAUUGGAUGGUAAAGGAUACGCUCAAUGGGGAAGUCUUACGUGCGGACCACCUCGUCAAGAACGUGCUGGAGGCACGCCUGGCUGGGGAUAAGGAGGCGAGAGGUGCUGUGCCAGUACCCGUGGCUACGGACAAGAAGAAAAAGAAACAGGUCAAAACGACGGCGGUGAAAUUGGAGGAUGCAGUCAUUGCGGAGUAUGAGUCGAUCCUUGCUCAGUUGGACAAUUACUCCGGUCCCGAGCUUGGCCAGCUCAUGCGCACGCACUCGAUCACGAACCCAGGCUCGGGCAACCCUGUAGGCGAGCCGCAACAGUUCAAUCUUAUGUUCGCAAGCUCCAUCGGGCCGACUGGUCAGCAUCCCGGAUAUCUGCGCCCCGAAACGGCGCAGGGACAUUUCCUGAACUUCUCGCGUCUUCUAGAAUUCAACAACGGACGGGUGCCAUUUGCAUCAGCUCAGAUUGGGCGCUCCUUCCGAAAUGAAAUUUCUCCUCGCGCCGGCUUGCUCCGUGUACGCGAGUUCACGAUGGCCGAAAUCGAGCAUUUCGUCGACCCUCUUGAGAAGACGCAUACCAGGUUCAGCGAGGUCGCGCACGUCGAGCUUGUUCUUUUGGACAAGUACACACAGGCUUCUGGGCAGACUACCACCCGGCGGAUGACUGUCGGGGAGGCAGUAAAGCAGGGUGUCAUUGCGAACGAAACCCUCGGCUACUUUGUCGCGCGUAUCUUCGCAUUCUUGGUCAGGAUCGGAAUUGACGAGAAACGCCUGCGAUUCCGCCAGCACAUGGCCAACGAGAUGGCGCACUACGCUGCGGACUGCUGGGACGCUGAGAUUCAGAACAGUGUCGGUGGGUGGACCGAGUGUGUUGGCUGUGCCGACAGGUCUGCCUACGAUCUCAGCGUUCACUCUGCUAAGACUGGCCAACCUCUUGUUGUGCGGCAAGCAUUGAAAGAGCCCAUCGUCGAGGAGAAGGCUGUGGCAGAAUGGGACAAGAAGUCGCUCGGCAAGACCUUCAAAGGCGAUGCUGCGGCUGUUUCCGCCGCUGUCGAGAACAUGGAUGAGGCGGCGCUGAUGCGGCUGAAGGGCGAGCUAGCUCAAGGCCCGGCCAAAGUGCAAGCUGCUGACGGCUGCGAGUUUACGGUGGAGCCAUCCAUGCUCACUAUCGAACGCAAAACCCUGAAGACCUCGAUCCGGGAGUUUACGCCCAAUGUUAUCGAGCCCUCGUUUGGGCUGGGUCGCAUUUUGUACUGUUUGCUCGAGCACAGCUUCUGGAGCAGAGAGCAGGAUGUGGAGCGUGGUGUUCUGUCCCUGCCAGCGGUCGUUGCACCUACAAAAGUCCUGAUUGUCCCCCUCAGCGCUCGAGCCGAGUUUGAUCCACUGGUUCAGGAAGUCUCUUCCCGGCUGAGGAAGGCUGGGGUUCAUGCUCGAGUUGACGAUUCAAACACGUCAAUUGGCAAGCGGUAUGCGCGAAAUGACGAAUUGGGUACACCAUUUGGUAUCACAUUGGACUUUGCCUCUGUCCAAAACAGGACGAUGACAUUACGCGAGCGUGAUACUACGGAUCAACGGAUCGGGUCGUUCGACGAUGUAAUUUCCACUGUCACAGACCUGGUCUUUGGCACGAUUGAUUGGUCGGAGGCAUGUCAGCGACUUCCCGCUUAUGAUGGCGUUCAGGCAGUGGAAUAAUAGACACAUGCAAAAUGAUGAAUCGAUAGCGUGUGUUUAACGUGUUUAACACAAAGAGACUUUUCACCCCAGACGGAGGAGAGCUUGAUUUAGCGCACUGGAUCUGUGUUCCUGGGCGAUUGCAUUGAGCGGUCAAACCCGCUGUUCUCAGACCUAGCAUUGCCGCGCUUUCUAUAGACGUGGCUUCGCUCGCCGGCAGGCCCCGAUCGCCCACGCUCUCAGCUUGUCACUGUCUCAUGCUUGGCCAAAUGCUCGAAGAAAGAGAACCGUCGAUGAUCCAUCACCAUCCCUUCACCCACAGAGCAACCAGUUGCGACAUGUAAACAAGCACAUGGGACAUCAACGGAUCUUGAAUCCAGCACUGCAAGGACUGCAUCCUGUAUCACCAGCCAGCUAGUCCACGACCUCCAGUCAGGGGAUUUCAAAGAUAUGCUUGGACAGCCUGCGCGUCACGGGAUGGCGGGGACCUGGGACAGAUGUUGACUCAUGUUGCAAGAAUAUAGAAUGGGCAGGUGCUUGUUCUCGCCUUUCCUCCGCGGUAUAGGCUGUAGCACACAUCCGACCCCGGGUGGAACUCGACCCUUCAAUGUAUCGACCCCACACGACCCUGCGUGCGUUUUGGCGGCAGGAGGAAGUCAUACAACUGCGCGUCAGUCAUAAUUUUCCCAGCCAUUAAUAGUAAUGACUUGGCCCGAACUCAGCGUCGAUAGCGGGUGAGAUGAGAUUCAUAGAAGUCAAGAAACAUCCGGAUUCCCAAGACCAUCGCAGCAGGGGGUUUCGUCCGGCCUCGUGUUCCAUUGCGUAAUUCGUCGAGAUCGAUUCGGCAUCCUAGAAAAGUCGCAUCUGGCUUGCAUCUGGGACCUUAUCUUACUACGCGAAUUGCACACACGUUGAGAGAUGAUCACUCACAUUGAGCUUCCCACCCGCGUCACGCUCUCACACGCGAGAUCGGGAAGUUGGAAGCGUCACGCGUUCAGUCACAUCGGUACUUAUAUAUUUCCCCCAUUACGGUCUAAUUUUCCUACCAUCCCCC